GUAACGGGAAUCACCCAUUAGUUCCUUCUCCAAUUACGGUACCGUAGCUUAUGGUACUUAUUGCUGUGGGUUGUAUGCUCGUACCGGUAUGUAAUGGCAUGAUCUUCGAUUUUUAUUCAAAAAAGGUUAUGUUUUCUACGGUGUGUUUGCGAGUCAAUAUGAGGAGUAUCUUUAAUGAGAAUAUCAGUGGGAUCUCUCGUAUUCUACCGUGCCUAAGUGUUCAGGCACAAAAAAGAAAGCAGCAAAAGCAAAACCAGAGUUGUUCAAAGUAUUUGAUUUUGUUGACAAAGCACCAUGGCUGAAACUUCACCCACGCCCGUUGCAGCUCCGACCAAGAAAUUAACUUGGGAUGAGUUCUACGAGAAAUCAGAAAAUGCCAACAAACUCAUGGAUCGGGUUUGGUAUUGCAUUGCCUGUUCCGAAAAAGACGUCGGAAACCAAACGAUUUUUUGGGAACACUGGUACUGGAAAGAAGGAGAAGACAAGAAAGAUCUAAGCAAGACUACUGUAAAGGCAUGCAACCAUACGUUGACAAUCGAUGCUGAAGGAAAGGAACUCGACUACCCGAUCUGGCCACUCAAGUUCACGAAAAAAUCGAUGAAAAUGUACCCCGCAAUCGACCUUAAAUGCUGCGUUAUAGCUCCGGUUGGCUUGUCUAUGCAGCCCGUCGCAUUUCCAACGAACGAUUCACGCGUAGAGUUCCGUGUUGAUUAUUGUGAGACGAUGGGCAAAAAGAUGUAUUUCAUCUUUGUCCUGGACCCGAACAUUUCGGAGGAGGACAAGAAAAAGAACUUCGAUAGAUUGGAGAAAGAAAACGGUGUCCUUCGUGAAUGGUUCCACAACGUGCAAUGGGCCAAAAACUACAAGGUCGGUUCCACAGGAGAUCCGGAUAUCAAUCCGAAAUAAAGAUUACGGAGUUAUAUGGUCAGUCGAAGGGCAGUUGAAGCGGAAUAGGCAUACGAGAGCCCGAUCGAAUUUUUGUGUGCAUGGAAUGAUCAUAGAUAGCUUUAUAUGGCAAUUAUCUAUGACUAUAAUACAGUGACAUUUAGUUG